CUGAUAGAGAACUUUCAAACCCCACCCAAUUUCACACUUUUUUCUUCAUCAUCACUCAACUCAACUCAACUAUAGCCCCCUGCCUUUAACAUUUCAGUCCCAAACUGAAAGUCUUAUAAUUUGCCAAAGUUUUCUUUACUCACUUGUAUUAGUUAUCUAUCUGAAAGUUUUUAUCUUCACCUCAUAUUAUUUUCUUUCCUUUCUGUCUUUCUCUGUCGGUUGUAAAAUGAGUCCUGAAAGAAACCCUCUUGACCUCAACAACUUACCUGAAGACUUUUGUAGAGAUGGUAAACAAGUUAUUGAAGGUAGCUCUUCAUUUAAUGCAGGAUAUAGGAAAAAGAAAAACGGCGCUAAAGAAGGAAAAGAAGAGUGUGGUAAAGUCUAUGAAUGUAGGUUUUGUUCCCUCAAGUUCUGCAAAUCUCAAGCUCUUGGGGGACAUAUGAACCGCCACCGCCAAGAGAGGGAGACAGAAACUCUGAACCGGGCUCGUCAGCUCGUCUUCAAUAACGAUAACCUAAUUGCUCCUCCUCACUUAGGUUGCCAGCCAAUUCCUCAUGUAGCCGGAGGUUAUCAUCAUCAAGCAGGAAAUAUAGGUGAUCCAACACUCUCAUAUAGACCACAACCACCACCAGUUUAUCCAACAAGAUUAUUUUCCGGCAACUCUACCACCCUCUUGCCACCAGGACAACCACCACAACCACCUCAUCAACCACCCUACAUGUACCCUUCUCCCCCGCGUCUCCUCUCCUUUUCUUCUCAAUAUCCAACCGGUCAUUCAAACGAUUACUUUGUUGGCCAUGUUCUUUCGGGAAACUCACACUCAUCAACUCCAAAUAACUUCAUGGGAUCAUCAACUUUACCUGAUGGUAGUAACAAUUACACUUGCAUUGGUGCACCAAUAGGACAUGGACUUGGACUUGGCAAUGGAAGUAAUAGAGGCACAGAAGGGCUUAAUAAUAAUGGAUUUUAGUACAUCCUCCGUUUCAGUUUAUGUGAACCUUUUCAGAUUACGAGCGUCAAACUAACUAAUUUUCUUGUGCCUUUUCCUUGUGCUAUGUUUAAUUUUUUUUUUUCUUGUAAGUGAGAGACUAAGUGAUAGUCUUAAUGAUCUUUUUAUGUAAUGUUGAGAGGAAGGGUUGAAAAGAAUAUCCCAAAAAAAAAACUGACAAAAUGGGGUCAAGAAAAAGAGAGAGAAGUUUUUGGUUUUUCUACAGGUUUGGAAACAGCUUUUGAGCCAUUUGCCACUCAAACUCUAGCUAGAUAUCUAGUUUGGCUUUAAGCUAAGGGGAUUUGAUUGGAGAGUAACUAUAUGGUUUGCUUUUACGUACAACAAACCUGUUGUAAAUGGAACUAGAUUUUCAAGGGUUUUGCUCCUCUACAUGGGACAACAAAGUUAGAUUUCAACUCAAAGUUAAAAGCUUCCUUUUUUGCAUUUU